UUCUUUGUCCCGCACAAUCUGAAAUGCUGUUGGCUCGAGCGUUUUGAAACGUCCGCACGUUCUGCUGCUCCAUUGGCGCGGCGAUAUGUCCGUCACGCGAGUUUACGGAAGUGUAACCGCCCACAGCAAAGAUGGAGGACGAUACCUCGGAUGUGAGCAGACCACAAAUGUACUUGUUUGGCUGUACCCUCAAAUCGGACAAACGGGAGUUCAAAGUUGACGUAGACGACGACGAUACGGAGCAACAGCUGUCACUCAAAGCAGUGUGUCUGGGAGCCGAGGCUGAGGAUAAGUUCCACAUGGUGGAGGUCGAGGGUCUCACUUAUGAUGGGAAAAAAUCCAAAGUUCCACUGGUUGCCCUGAAGCCAUCUGUCCUGCCUUCAAUGAGUUUAGGUGGAUUUGAGAUCACACCUCCUGUUACCUUUCGCCUCCAGUCUGGCUCUGGACCAGUUCACAUCAGCGGGCAGCAUUUUGUCAGUGUGAAGGAUUCAGAGGAUGAAGAAGAGGAGAACAACACGUCACCUGUGAAGCGACCUGCAAGCUUGAUGUCCGGGAAGAAGCCUGCAUUGAAAAAACUAAAGAUGGAUUCUGACGAUGAUGAAGAAGACAGCGAUGAGGAUGAUGAUGAUGAUGAUGAUGAUGAAGAUGAUGACAGUGAUGAUAAUGAUGUGAAGCCUCAGAAGAAUGUCGGAAAAGAGCUAAAAAAAAGCUUCGAGUUUUCAGGAAAGAAACCCAACAAGACUCCAGUUAAACAAAACGGCCCUGCAGGAAAACCAUCAGGAUCAGCUGUCAGACCACAGAUGAAGACACCUGCCCCAGGAAAAGACAAACCACAGGCCGGACCGUCUCGAUCUCCCUCUCUGAAUGAGAUUAAGAGCAAGUUGUCAACAGCGGCCAAGGAGGGAAGACCUCUACCGAAGACAGAGCAGAAGUUUGAGAAUUUCGUGAAGAGUUCUUUUAAAAUCUCAGACAAAAAAGUGGUCAAGGACCUUUGGAGUUUUGUACAAACACUGAAGACCGAGAAGAAGUAACAAACAUUGAAGCAUUCUAUGUUUUGCGUCCUGCAAGACAUUUAAAGGCACAGUCAGCGAGAUUUCCUACUUGGCCUUAUUAUGUCAUCAUUUCUUCUGAAACUCUGACUUCUGGUGAACAAAACUGAAAAUGGGUAAAGCCAUUACUGAUUCAGGUGUCAUUGUUUUCUGUUUCUAGAUGCAAAGUAUGCUCUGGAACUAGUUUGUAAUUCACUCACAAGUUCACUUAUCCCUGCUUUAGCAGAUUGCAAAUUUUCCACAAGGGGAAGUGGUCUACUUCAUCACCACCUACAGGGAAGGAAAGUAAUGGCACCACCAGUUAGGACAUGCAGAUGUCUAUGGUUGCUUUUCAUUAUUGGGAUAGGACGAUAAAUAAGAAUCAGAUCUGAUCACUGAUUGUGUUUAACUUCCAUUAUCAGGAUAAUCGUGAAUAUUCUUUGAUAAGUGACUUGUAAAAGCUGUUUACUUGAUAACGUACAGUAUAGAUAUCCUGAAUGUUCCUGAUGUUUUCAGUGACAUUUUAGGAAUGGUCAAGAUAAUCCGAUAUGAAAUAUUCACAUUUUCAUCAUUCCAUGCUUCCUGGCUUCUGAUUUCCUACCUUGACUGGGAAAUCGUUCCCCUCUUCCAUCACGGAGUAUCUUGCGGUCCCUUAAAUUCAACUGAAGGAUCAAAGACGAAGGAGGCUUCUGGAGUAUCUUCGAGCGAGAAACGUAGGUGUUUCCUCACUUCCCUCACUUGCUUGUCUUCCAUAGAUCUCUUUUUAAUAUUCUUACCUGGAGGAGUUAGGAUACAUGGAAGAAAGGGAAGCAGGUAGGGUGGAAAUGUCUUGGCACCUCACAAUUCGAUUCCGAUUCUGACUCAGAGGUCAACGAUUCGAUUCUAAAACGAUUAUUGAUGCAUCUUCAUACAUCAAUUUUUUUGUGUACAUUUCCAUGCAUGAUUUAAAAAAAAAAAUAAUGAUAAUAAUAAUUAAAUUUGAGUUUGUUACUCACUUUGCUAAUUACUUCUUACUUUUGUUAUGAUCAUUAAAAAAAUCAACAUUAAUUAAUAAAAUCCUCUUUUUACAGGCAGUGAGGGAAAAACGGUAUACUGUAGCCUAUAUAAACAUAAAAAAAAGCUUUCAAUGCAGCAUGCACUUCAACACACCUGUAUAUCAGCUCUCAUACUAAAACAUGGCUACUUAUCUACCCGCUUUCAUUAAAGUGUCCAGAUCUUCUGUUUAAAGGCCCCCACACACCGCCCAGACGUCCAACUGCCUUAUCCGACCACUCUGUUGCCUCUUGUCUGACCCGUUCAGCAGAAAAGUUGCAUUGAAACACACUGCUUCGACGUGCUGCCUACUGCACAGUAGUGUGUACGUUCUGCGCUUGCGCGAAGUGCAGUAAGCGUGUGGCACUUGUGAGUUGUAAACGAAAGGCUUAUGCACGCAACUCUCUUUACUUUAGAUCAAAACGAAACGUAACUAUUUCAGAUAAAAACAGCUGCUAAACACGCAGCGAGGCAUUACCAAACGAACACAGAUUAAUUCAUCCUGAACGGACGUAACAACUAGUCUUUUGCCAGGACUGCAAAGCAUGAAAAUGGGGAAUGACGGAAUGGAGUGCGUAGCAGUGCACACACAGUAUUCCAACCCUCCCACACAUUGCGCUGAUUCGUUAGCACACAGCCAAUCAGAGAACCCAAUGGCUCAUCCGACCGCCCUCCUCCUCAGACUUCACAUGUUCAGACGGAGCAGACAAGAUCUGCGCGGCUCUGAAAGCUUCCAACGCAGCUGAACAACACACCAAACAUAUUUGUUCCCGACCUCGUCCGAGACUCUCCAAAUGCUUCAGGCGUCCAACGGUUGGGCCGGUGUGUUCCUGCCUUUAGUUUCCCUGUAGAGCGUCAGUGUGGCUGUGUCAGUGAAGUCACGCCAAGAUGGUAUUUUGUAUCUUGGCUCAAGAGUGAACACCAUUGUCUGAAAACCCAUGUUCUCCACAACUGAAUACGGUCUUAAAUCCAAUGCAAUAAAACUUGCAAUGGAUUUGGUAAUCCGCUUCGCUCUCUCAGGGUUCAGUUGAAGCUGUGCCACUGCCUGCUUGAUCGUUCUCUUGCUGGCAUCGGCAACAGGUCACUGCUUCUCGCCUAGGUGUUUUCUCAAAUUAAUUGUGUUGUCGAAGUAUUUAAGUUGAGUUCCACACACCAUACAAACUGUGUACGUCCUAACUCGCACAUAUGUGUUCAUUGCGCAUGCAUGUACAGCAGAGAAUCAACAGGUGCUUUCUGUAGCGCUCUGCAGUUGGAGAACUGAAAGUUGCCGCGGGCGAACUAAUUUCAGUUUUAAUAUUCUGAUGAUUAACUUACCUGCUUCGAGACAUCAUCAUUCUAGAGAGAAUUGGACGCAUCAAAGAAUCAGAAAUUUUCCCCACCUCUGGAAGCAGGGAGCAAUGUUGCAUAAUGAAAAGCACACUAUGUUGCUUAUCUACAGAAAAGGAAUAUUUGCUGCACUUUCAGCACCUACAUGCAAUUAAUGCACCUGCAAAUUUGUACAUCUGCAAUAAUAGCAGAUAUGUGAGUUAUUAGUGACAACAAGUUUAUAGUUUUUGGCUUAUGUAAAGCCAGAGGAGGAAAGAACUUGGUUAAGGUCUGUGAUGUUUACAACAAUAUCUUCACAUUUGUGAUACUUCCUGAAGGACUUGCGAGACAUUUUGAAAUCCUACACACGAGGUCUCAUUAAACAUCAAACGGCUGUAAAAAUGACAGCAAUUGCAGGUGGUAUAACUGUCUAAUUACUGAAGCUAUUCCUCUCCUUACCUGUGGAAGGUGGGAUCAGCAUGGAUACAUCUUACAUUCAUCUUAUAUUUUUGCACGUUUGCAUUGGAACUGCAAGAAUGAAACUCUGAAAAUUGUUAAUACUGGCUGAGCAUGGUUUCAGGUGCACAUCAAUGACACUGUCCACGUCAAGUUAAUAAUGCAAUAGGAGAUAUUGCAGAAUGUGCCUUUAAAUAUCUCUACUGUAGACUGAGAUGAAUCAGAGUCCCAGUUGGUGUGAAUUGGAGCAGUAUAAACAAAGAUGGCUAAGAGUGUUGAUACUGAGGGACAUUGACAUUACCUUUUUCCUCCAAAGUGUUGUUGUCUUACUUUAACUUCUGUUUGGCAAAACUGAGGCUGAGCUUUAUUUGUCUGCUUUUAUAAAUAUUGUACAGGAAUUUGUCUUUUUUUUUUUUUUUUUUUUUUUUAUCGAACACUUGGAUUAGUCAUACAAACUCCAGCAGCAGAACUGUAUUUUUUAACAACUUGGCAAACAGCACCGAGGGUCACUUUGUUUCCUGCAAUGAUAAGAAGAUUCAACUGUUUAGAAAGCAAUUCCCUUAAAAAAAGGAUGCUUUUUUUUUUUUUUUUUUAAAUUGUACUACUGUUUUAUAUCUUAAUCAAUCUGUUGAGUAAAUAAGAAAUGUUUCAUCCCAUGUUUUUACCAGAAACACACAUGACAUUUCUGAGAGUGGUGUCAUUGUUAAUGUUUGGGUUUUUUUUAUAUUUCCAAAACAAAUGUAAUUAAGUACCCAGAGAGCCUGAAAAUAUUACAAAUCAGCUAACUGGACCCGUUUUUUUUGGGAGUCUCAAUUCAUAUCAAGCUAUUUAUGUCUGUCAUUAUGAGAGAGAGCGAGAGAGAGAAAAGUCAAUGCAGCAAUUUCAGCCCAAAAUGAUAUGUAUCAAAAGUGUUCAUGAGAGUAUUAUGAUCUCUUUAAAACCAAAACCAGCUGGCCUGACUCAAAUGUUUUUCUUUAAAGUAAAUACAUUACAUACAAAAUGUUAAAAACAUGGCUAAUAGAUUGUUAACAAGCUCCAGGAGGUUUUUUACGAUGUGGCACCAACGCUGUUUUUUAGUGUAUGUCAGUGUGCUCUAAUGCACUAAACACAGAGCACAAGCAUGUGAUUAACAUGGAUUAUCUUAUUUAUUACAACAUAAUCAUAAGGUAUACAUCAGAAAAUUGCAUCAGAGCGACAUGACGUCAUUUACAGAAACCCCAUGUAGUACUCAGCCCCAUAAUUGUUUGCACUCGUGUAUAUCGGUGCUCUGGUGACAAUAAGCUACACUUGCUCAGUGCUUAUAAUGUGUUUAUGAUCCUGUGUAAUGCUUUUUAUGAGCCAAAUGUUGGCAGUUGGGUACCAUCUUUAACCCAUCAAACAGCUAGGGCCAACCUUAAUGUUGUCUCUAAAGGAUAUUUGAAACUCUACAGUUAAACUUAUUAAAGUCACCCUGAUAAUCGAGGCAUUACAUUUUAAGUAUCUGUGAUGUCCUGCUUGUAAGGUUUCAGUAGGAGCAGGUUGCCAUCUUUGGCUUGUGUAUGAGUCCUUCACUCAUUUUUAAUACUCCCCUCGUAUCCAACUUGAUGAACUUCUCUGUGAAUAGAUCUGUAGUGUUUAUUAACAAGUACGGCAGCUGAACAAUUAGAUUUGAGUCUGUGCUUAAUCCGUCCCAGCUAAUACCUGGUUUUGCAGCUUGGAUCUCUUGUCAUAAUCUUUAUUUGAAAUGUCUUAGUUUGGUGUAGAAAUAUUUUAUGUUGAGUAUAUAACCCCUCUCUAAAUGUUAACAUACUGUUGGUGUUAACCUGACAUUAGUUGUCCUCCUUUGAUUGUGAGGAAUUUUCAAUUAGCAACAUUUGUCCAAGAAAAAAAAUGCUGAUCUUUGUCAUUAUUUUUUAAACACUUAAUAACAUAAUAACAAAUACAAUUUGUUUGAAAUGUGGCUUCCGACAAUUACAUUUGCAUCUAACACUGAAAUGUAACUGCAAUCUAUAAGGCUAUUGGCACUACAGAAUGUUGAGUUUAGAACAGCUUAAAGUAUGAAAUCUUUUUUUAAUGAUUCUCUUUAGCAGUAGUAAAUAUCUAUUGUAUCAGACUAAGUAGUUCUGAGAUGUAUCUAUGAUUUGUAUGGUAUCGACUGAAUGAUCCCUUCUGUAUUUCUUUUAUCCAUAAUAUUGCUGCGUGUCUAUGAUCUGAAAUACCUGCUGUGAAACAUCAGUAUGUGUUUAAAGGCACCUUUACUUUGAACUGACAAGAAACGAGGUUCAUAUUUCCUGCAUAUGUCAAUGCAAAUUAAAUUGUAACCCUGUACUAUUGUGAAAUCUGAGUUGAUAAGAGGAAAUGAUGGUUGUGCCGCCUCAACAUGUGUUGAUAGAAAGUGCAUUUUGUCUAUUUAGUGAAAUUUUAUUGAUUAGUUAGUGCAUGAUUGCUUAUGGUGGACUUUCAUUCAUGAUUUGUCGAAAUGAACAUAUCCAUCCAUUUAUUUCAUUUUAUUUUUUUUUAUUUCAUUUUACCUGUAAUAUUUCCCUGAAUAAAGUGAAUCCCAGCUGG